AUGGGAAGUUCGUAUUCAAGAUCGUAUUCGCCCAAUUGUGGGGUAAAUAAAAAUGGAAACGAAAACCGUGGAACAAUAUCACGUACUGAGUCCAGCAGCCAGUAUGUUGAAUCGGUUGUUUGCAAAGCAAAUGACCUGAAAGAAAAUGAAAUGAAAGUGUUUGAUAUUGGGGAGGAAGGAAAGGUAUUGCUCGUAAAACAGAAGGGUGAAUUUAGUGCUGUGGGGACAAAGUGUACUCAUUAUGGGGCACCUUUGGUGUCUGGAGCGUUGGGAGAUGGAAGAGUGAGAUGUCCAUGGCACGGUGCAUGUUUCAAUUUAAAGACUGGAGAUAUUGAAGACUUCCCUGGAUUUGAUUCCUUACCAUGCUACCAAGUCACAGUUACAGAGAAGGGAGAAGUUAAGGUGCGUGCGAAAAUCAAUGACCUGAAAUCAAACAAGAGGACAAAGGAAAUGGGUAUGGCGUCGCCAUGCGACGAGUCUACGGUAGUAAUCGUGGGUGGCGGGCCAUCCGGUGCCACGUGCGCCGAGACACUGCGAAGCGGCGGCUUCAAGGGACGCAUCACAAUCGUCGCCAAAGAGAACUACCUUCCCUACGACAGGAUCAAGGUGUCAAAGAUGGGAACUGUCACGGACAUAGAGAAACUCCAAGUCAGAUCCCAGGAGUACUACCAGGAGGCGAACAUAGACAUAAUUAAAGGCGUAGAAGCGACCAAACUAGAUACGGAGGGCAAACUGGUCCACUUGAGCAACGGCACCAAGUUGCGCUACAGCGCGGUCUACUUGGCGACCGGGUGCAAGCCGCGAGUUCCGGACAUACCCGGCAUUGACUUGAGGAACAUAUUCACCGUGAGGAACUUCGAGGAUUCCGUAAACAUAAUACAGUCGAUCGGCGCGGAAAAGGACAAGGACGUAGUCGUUCUAGGUCUGAGCUUCAUCGGACUGGAAGCGGCCGCCUCCUGCGUCCAGGCGGCCAAGUCUAUGACGGUCGUCGGCAAGGACAGCGAGCCGCUCGGCCAGGUGUUCGGCCCCGAGAUCGGUGGUAGCCUCAGGAGGCUGUUCGAAGAGAAGAACGUCAAGUUCCACUUCGGCACGACGAUCGCCAGAUGCAACGGCGAAGGAGGCGCGAUAAAGUCCGUCGAACUGGCCAACGGCACGACACUACCGGCCGACGUCCUGAUACUGGGCGUGGGGACGACGUAUUACACGGACUUCCUUAAAGAGAGCGGCGUCGAGAUGCGGCCGAACGGCGCGGUCGUGGUCACCGAUAGACUGGAGACCAGCGUGAAGAACGUUUACGCCGGCGGCGAUAUCGCCCACGCGCCGGUUUACGCGCAGGGCGGCGAGCCAAUGAGCAUCGGCCACGUGGGCCUCGCCCAGUACCACGGCCAGGUGGCCGGCCUCAACAUAAUGAAGAAGGAGACGCCGCUCAAAACCGUCCCGUACUUCUGGACGAUGCUGUUCGGCAAGUCUAUCCGGUUCGCCGGCUGCGGCAAACCGGCGAGCACCCAAAUCGAGGGCGACGUGGAAGCCCUGAAGUUCGUCAUGUUCUUCUUCGACAAGUCCGAUAAAGUCAUAGCCGUGGCGUCCUGCAUGAGGGAUCCCGUUGUCUCACAAUUUGCCGAACUUCUAUUUCAAGGUAGAUCUCUGUACAAAAAGGACCUCAAAGAUGAUCCAUUCGCUUGGACGAAAGUUGUUUAU